UUCAGUUGGCUUGACCUGAAUAUGAGCGCUGACAUUUCUGCAGGUGAAGGAGCGUUGUUCUGGUUGAACUUGUUUAGGAGUCGACAAGAUGUUCUUUAAAGCAUUUAUCUGCUAACCUAAGACGAGGCAGUUAUGCUUUGAAUAUACUUUCCAAAUAUUACGUAUGAAAUGAGUCUAUAGCAGCUACAGACUCAUCUUUGCAAUAUCAUAGCCUAGCAUAAAAAGUGAGCUGCUGAAGUGCAGUAGUAGUAGUGGGUCAGUUUUUUUCUAAGCGUGGUCAAGUUUUGUUUUGACAAACGGGGUUUUGGUUAAUCCUGCCGACAUGGAGUUGUUCGGAUGCAUUUCCAGUAUUCUCGGAUAUUCUGCUUGCGUUGUGCUGACUGGUGUUUUGUUUGCUGCCUACAAUCUUGGUGUAAUCUACCAGUUGUUUCAUAAGACUGAAACAAAGAGCCCCCGGCAUGGAGGGGAGAGUGUUGCCGAAGUCCUCCGUGCGCAUGGAAUCAAAUUCCUUUUCACUCUCGUUGGUGGGCACAUCUCUCCCAUCCUGGUGGCCUGCGAGAAGGUUGGCAUCCGCGUCGUUGACACCAGACACGAAGCCACUGCUGUCUUUGCUGCUGAUGCUGUGGCGAGGCUCUCAGGUACUGUUGGCGUAGCCGCAGUGACUGCUGGCCCGGGCCUGACUAACACAGUGACAGCAGUGAAGAAUGCUCAAAUGGCAGAAUCUCCAUUGCUGCUUUUGGGAGGAGCUGCUAGUACAUUACUGCAGGGCAGAGGGGCACUGCAGGACAUCGACCAGAUGUCUCUCUUCAAGCCUCUAUGUAAGUUCUGUGCCUCCAUCCGCACCGUCAGGGAGAUCGUGCCAACACUCGGGAAGGCUCUGGCCAUUGCUCAGUCAGGAACUCCUGGUCCUGUUUUCAUCGAGUUUCCCAUUGAUACUCUGUACCCAUACCACCUGGUGUCCAAAGAGUUUGCUGUUAAAAAUCCUCCCAAAGGGCUGAUGGGAAAAUUUGUCUCAUGGUACCUCAAUAAUCACCUCAUGAACCUUUUUGCUGGAGCCUGGGAGACCAGAGAUGUUUCCCCACUUCCUGUUCACAUCCCUCAAGCCACAGAUGAUCAGGUACAAAGGUGCAUAGAGCUACUGAGUCGAGCCAAGAAACCCGUCAUUCUCCUUGGGAGCCAAGCUACACUCCCUCCUACGCCAGCAGAAGACAUCAGAAAGGCUUUGGAGGAUCUAGGUAUCCCCUGCUUUCUCGGGGGCAUGUCCCGGGGCAUGCUGGGAAAAGACAGCCCUAUCCACAUCCGACAGAACAGACGGGAUGCUCUCAAGGAGGCCGACCUGGUUCUCCUUGCAGGCACUGUGUGUGACUUCCGUCUGAGCUAUGGCAGAGUUCUGAACAGAAGGAGCAAGAUAAUCGCUGUCAACAGGGACAAGUCACAGCUGCUGAAAAACUCCGAUAUGUUCUGGAAACCAACUAUAGCAAUUCAGGGUGACGCUGGCUCAUUUAUUGUGCGUCUCUCUAAGGGGCUGAAGGGCCAUCGCUGUCCUGAGGAAUGGUCUCAGAGCCUCAAAGCUGGAGAUUCUACCAAAGAAGAUGCAAACAGGGCUAAAGCUAAUGAGAAGACAGAACACCACCUAAAUCCUUUAAAAGUCCUCCACUGUGUGGAUGAGCUGAUGGCUGACGACAGCAUCAUUGUAGCAGAUGGGGGAGAUUUUGUGGGAAGUGCUGCCUAUAUAAUGAGACCAAGAGGACCUUUGCGUUGGUUAGAUCCAGGAGCCUUUGGAACUCUGGGAGUUGGAGGAGGUUUUGCUUUGGGAGCAAAACUGUGCCGUCCUGAGUCUGAGGUGUGGAUAAUCUAUGGAGAUGGCUCCCUGGGCUACAGUGUUGCAGAGUAUGACACGUUUACCCGGCACAAGACACCAGUUAUAUCUGUGGUUGGAAACGAUGCGUGUUGGAGUCAGAUCUCCAGAGAGCAGGUUCCCAUCCUUGGUAGCAACGUGGCUUGUGGCCUUGCUUUUACAGAUUAUCACACAGUGGCAGAUGGUUAUGGCGGUAAGGGCUACCUUGUCAGACGAGAAGACGAGAACCAGCUAAGUGACAUCAUAAAACAGGCUCAAAGGGAUUCAAAGGAGGGCAAGGCUACUCUUCUCAAUGUUUUGAUAGGGAAGACCAAUUUCAGAGAAGGAUCCAUCUCUGUGUAGAGAAUCUCUGCAUUAAAAGCACUCGUAUUCUUUUUUUUUUAACUUUCGCUUCCAAUGUCUUUUUUGUCAAUUUCAUAAGGGAUUUUAGCUUACGAUUUAAUUUUGAAUUGCAUUUAAUAUAUCCUUGAUGUAAUAUGGUCCUACUUGGACAUUAGGACCAUAUUUUUGACAAGUUGACCCAUUUGUUGCAAUAACGGUCAUUCUUGUUUACCUCAGUGAUAAUACCAACAACCUUCUCCAGACUUUGAAAGUUUGAAAUUUAUGCAUCUGCUGUUCGUGUUCAUGUAGCACGAUGCUGUUCGUCGUGCUACCUGCAAGGUUGCAGAAAGUAAGUCUUGCAAUUUUGAAAGGAAAUUAAUAAUCAGACAUGUUUAGGAAAAUCCCUUCUUAUAUUUUUAAAAUUUUAGCAACCCUGUGCAAGUUUGUAAAUAAACUAGCUACCAGGAUUAGGCCUGUCACGAUAAACGAUAAAUCAAUUAAUCGCACGAUAAACUAAACCUAUCGACCUCAUUUUAAGUAUCGG